UUCCUAUGCACCCCAUUAUUACUAUAUAUGGCAUACACCGCUACCCAAUUUGCCGCCAAACAUGAUAAUCAUAACACGCUGGCGGCCUAUGUUCAAGUCGCAUGUUGGAUUUUACAAUUCAUCGGACACGGAUUUGCAGAAAAACGUAGUCCAACCUUACUUGAUAACCUUGCACAAGCCGUUUUACUUGCCCCAUUAUUUGUUUGGUUCGAAGUUUUAUUCUUUUUGGGAUAUCGAUCUGCGCUCCAGCAUCGUGUUAACGCUAAAGUGGAAGCUGCGAUUGCCGAAUUCAAAUCACGAAAGCAGAAGUCAUCAAAGAAAGUUGAGUAA